AUGCGAGAUUAUGGUGAUGAUGAUGAUGAUACUACUAAAGGAGGAAGAGGAAAAGAAGCCUCCGUGUUUUUCACCUCUUUAUCGUCAAAACGGCGAGAACGCAUCGCGAGCAGACUGAUGAUGACCGGGGGGUCUUUGUCGUUGAAGAAGAAUGCGAAUAAUGCAGAUGAUGAGAAGGAGGAUUUGGAGGAGACUUUGAGGACGAACGUGUUGAGAUUGCGACGGGUGCGAGUUCCAACGUCCGCGCUUUUCGAUGCCGCUAAUAACGAAAGUUUCGAAGAAGAAGAAGAAGGGGAAAGUAAUAUUCGUUUGUCCGCCGCAAACGAGGGCGGACUCGUGAGCGGGUGCGCGAUCAAAAUCGAUGCAAGAAAUGGCGUCAUCCUGGACGUUUGGCGGGAGAGCGAAGAUGACGGAGGAAAGGAAAAGGAGGAGGAGAAAGACGAACUCGUCGCAGACUGCGAAAACUGUCUCCUCGUUCCUUGCUUUUUGGACGCGCACACGCAUUUGAUCAAAACGCACACGGUUGAAAGGUGCAGAAAUCCCACCGGAUCGAUACCGGACGCGCUCGGAUGCGAGCUCGCGGACCAACCGAGGUGGAUGGACGUGCAGGACGAGAGGACUAUGAAAACAGAUUUUGAACGACGGUUUGAUUUCGCCGUGCGUUCGGCGCUGUAUUACGGAGCGAUUGGGAUUCGGACGCACUUGGACGGGACGAACAAUCUCGAAAACAAGAUAUUAAGGGAUAAAGUGUUCGAAGUGUUCGCGCGGAAACGAAACGAGUUGUUAGAAACUCGCGGAGUGUAUUUACAAGGCGUGUGUAACUUAUUUUUACCGUUAUGGUCGGAGCCAGAAAUCGCGGAUGAGUUCGCAAAAGUCGCGGCUGCAAACAAUGAUAACAAAGGCGGAGAUUCUGUUUUAUUGGGCGCGUAUUGUGGCGUUGUUGGACGAGGGGAAACGAAUAACGACGAAGCCCGGAAGCACUUCAGGAAUCUUUUCUCUUACGCGAAUAAAUACGCGAUGAAUAUAGACGUGCACAUCGACGAAACGAACGAUCCAAACUGCUGCGCAGUUUUGUCGUGCUUGGAGGCAUUUUUGAACGAUGACGAUGGCAACCUUGGCGCGUUCAAAAACAUUCGCUCGCUCUCGCUUUCGCACGUGUGUUCGCUCUCUUUGCAGUCAAAAGCCACGAUCGAUCGAGUCAUUGAGCUUGCAAAAAAAAUUGACGAGAAGACGAGCACGCGAGUCUCGUUCAUAGUAAACCCGCUGACCAAUCUCGGUUUACAAGAUCGCAGAGGUACCACAGAUGGAGUGGGCGUUCUCAUCGAUAAGAAUAUUCCACACACGCCUCGUUGGCGAGGUAUUGCACCGAUUCAAGAGCUCGAAUCCGCCGGAAUCAACGUGUGCACGGGGACGGAUAACGUGCGCGACUACUGGAAUCCGUACGCAGACUACGAUGGUAUAGCGACGCUUAAAGCGACGUUCGAGGUGGCACAAUUGAAUACGGUACCUAACGAAGGGUAUUGGACGAAGCUCAUCGCUGCAAACUCCGCCAAAGCUAUGUUCACUAAGCUCCCUACGCCUAAGAUUGGCUUGAUACGUAAAGGCUACCGCGCCGAUUUCAUCCUCCUUCCGCAAGCGAGAUCCUUCUACGAACUCUUCUCUCGACCCUCGCAGCACGAGCGCAUCGUCUUCAGAAAAGGCCGACCGACCCUCGACUGCGUUCUCCCCGAUUUCAGCGAACUCGACGAAACCGUCGCCGUCCGAACCGACGCCGCGCCUUUCCUCGACGGCGACGUCGAAAUCAAGCGAGGCGCGACUUCCCUCGCUUCUUCUUCUUCCAAACGAAAAAACCGAGAGGAAGAUGCCGAGGUUUAA